UUUUAAACAACGGAUCGAUCGCAGAGUCGGGAACACCGGAACAGCUCUUAGCGGACAACACAUCCAUCUUCUACUCAAUGGCUAAACAAGAAAAACUUGAUUUGAGUCAUACCUGGACUACAGAUUCAUUUCCAGAGUUUGCCCUUUGUUUUGAAGAGACGGCACUGGUAUGGAUGCCAUCCCUUAUAUUAUUUGUCACAUCACUGUAUGAAUGGCACAAUCGGUCGCCAGAAGUGAUCACAUCCAGGGCUUCAUCACAUCCCACGACAUGGACUCUACUCUCUAUUACUAAAAUUAUUUAUACAAUUGUUUUGACAAUCAAUUACAAAAAGAGAGGAAUGAAUACUUCGGGCGUUUUAUUCAUAUUCUGGUUGUGUUUGUCUAUCGGAACCGCUGUUAACUUCAAAACUGUACUUUCCAUAGCUUUCAGUGAAACACCGAUAGAGUCGAGUAUUAAUGUCUUCACAUUUACCACAAAAUCGCUUUCAUUCCCAAUAAUUAUCACUCAAUUAUUGUUCUCAUGUUUUGCGGACUCAACACAAGUCUUCACUACUGUUGCCGACAGAGAAAAUUCUAGUCCUGAAAAUCAAUCGUCAUUUUUAUCUCGACUCACAUUUUCAUGGUUUACACCAAUGAUUAUGAAUGGCUAUCGGAAACCAUUGACCACUGAAGACAUGUGGUCGCUCUCCACACAGAAUCGGACUAAUGUUUUCAUCAAACAAUUUAAUAAACACUGGAAACCAAUACAAAACAACAAAACCAAAAAUGCUAUCAAUAUAUUCCCAGUAGUGUUGAAGACCUUUUGGUCAACAAUAUUAUUCAACGCAUGCAUUCAAUUGGUGUCCACAUUAUUAACAUUCACUCAACCCCUGAUACUCGACCGACUCAUCACAUUCAUGACACCCGUCACCGACACCACCACCGCAACCGUCGAACCCAUUUGGAGGGGCUAUCUAUACGCUGGCGCUAUGUUUGUGUCGCCGGUGUUGGCAUCUGUGCUGAACGGACAGUACGAUCGUCGGCAGGACCUGUUGCUCAUGAAGAUUAGAUCCAGUUGUCUAAGGCUGUCUAGCGCUGGCCGUAAGGACUUUGCCACCGGCGAUAUCGUUAACCUGAUCUCAGCAGACAUGAUAUAUUUAACCUCAUUUUUCUAUUUUUUAAACAACCUAUGGCUGGGACCGGCAGUUGUUGCGAUUUCUACGUGGUUACUAUGGGCACAGUUGGGUGCGGCCACUCUGGUCGGCGUAUCAGUGCUCGUACUGUUGAUACCAUUUAACUCAUUUAUGAUAACCCGUGAGCACCGGUUGUGGGCAAAAAUACUCGCGUUUAAAGACAAAAGAGUGGCCGCUAUUACCGAGACUAUCAAUCACAUCAAAGUGUUGAAGCUAUACGGCUGGGAACCGGCGUUCAUGACCCGAGUGUUUGGCCACAGGGCUCAGGAGUGCGCAGCGUUGAGCUCAGUAAUGGUGAUCGGCGUCAUUUCUACUGCCAUUGUUAGUGCCACACCAUAUCUGUGCAGAGUUUCAGUGAAGCGAAUGAAUGCUUAUUUAAACGCUAAUGAAGUGAAUGAGAGUUUCGUUGACCACAAACCCAAUCAAAGGACUCCUAUUGUCGUCAAAAAC